GAGAGAGAGAGAGAGAGAGAGAGAUGUUCGUCGUUGUUGCGGCUUUGUGAGCUUUCGUUAAUUAAAGUGAAGCAAAGCUCAAACCUUAUUUCUGUACUCUGAACAGUGACCAUCAUCAAUUCAAAAUGGAAGAAGGUACAGAAACGAGGACGACGAAGAUUAGGGUAUUUGUGGGAGGAUUGGGAGAAAGUGUGACGGGCGAUGAUCUGCGGAGAAUAUUCGGCUCAUUGGGAGUGGUAGAGGGACUGGACAUUGUGAGGACCAAAGGUCGCAGCUUUGCCUACGUCGACUUCUGCCCCUCCUCCCUUAACGCCCUUUCCAAGCUCUUCAGCACCUAUAAUGGGUGUGUCUGGAAGGGGGGGAGGCUGAAGCUUGAGAAGGCUAAAGAACAUUUUCUUGUUCGUUUAAAACGAGAGUGGGCAGAAGAAGCUGAACUUGCCAGUAGGGCACCCAGUAAUGGUUUUGAUGCAGAUGAAGACAUGGCCUCAUCCAACAAGCCUAAGAAAGUCGUCAGUUCAGAAAAAAAGCAACUUCGGAUUUACUUUCCCAGCUUAAGAAAGGUUAAAUCUGUGCCAUUUAGUGGAACUGGCAAACACAAAUACAGCUUCCGACGUGUUGAAGUCCCUCCUCUCCCAAUUCAUUUUUGUGAUUGUGAAGAGCAUUCUGUUGAUCAUCACACUACAAAAGAAAAACAAACUUGUGAUCUGGAAGCAGAAAGUGGGGAAAUGAACAAGGAAGAGCUUAACAUAAUGAAUUCAGUGAUGAACAAGCUCUUUGAAAGGGAAAAGGUUGUAUCAUAUUCUGCACAUAGUGGAAACAGACUCGCCAAGGAAAGAGAUGAUUCUGCAAAAUCAAUUCAUAGUCCGCAAUUUGAUGACAGUGAAGCAGAUUCUGCAACAGAUGAAGAUAACCUCAUAAUUAAUGUGGUGUCUAAGAGAAACAACAGGAUGGCUUUGAUACCUGUCCGGGAAAUGGAAAUAAUUUCUGAAAAUCAGGAAUCAGGACUCAAUGGAACACGAACUUCUAAGGAUGGGCAAAUUCAGAAUAUCCUCAAAGUACUGAAACAGAAUAUUAGAUCUCCUAACAAGAAGAGGAAAUCAGUUCUCAAUCAAGGAAGUGAUGAUAAUGGAUCUCUGCCUGCUACUACUAGAGGCAAGGGGAAGUUGAAAACCCAUUCAGACGAGUCCGCGAGACUCUUUGGAGGUCAACUGGCUGAACCAGAAUCUGAUAUCCAACAAUCAGCUACAAUUGUUUCAUGGUCUCAGAAGUCCUCGUGGAGACAACUUGUUCGUGAUCAGGGUGACACUUCAUUCAGCAUGUCACAUAUAUUGCCAGGCAUUGCUUCUAGUGAGGAAGAGCAACCAAAACUCGAUGGUUCAUGUGUGCUUGGCGUGCCUGACUCCACCAUCAGCAAAGACGACAACUUAGCAAGUCAUGGUUCAUGUGUGCCUGACGUGCCUGACUCCACCAUCAGCAAAGGCAACAACUUAGUAAGUCAUGGAGAUCACUUGGAAAGCCAGUCGGGUGAAACAAUUAAAGAGGAGGUCGUGGAAACUCAGCCUGCGAAGCCUAGUGUAGCAUCAACUAAAUCCGGCAGGGGUUCCUCAUGGCUUCAGAAGUCCUCGUGGACACAAUUGGUUAGUGAGAAUAAGAAUAGCUCAUUCAGCAUUGAUCAAAUUUUGCCUGGUAUUUCUUAUGAAAAGCAAGUCAUAACAGAGCCCGACAGUGGGGACAUUGUUGAUUCCACUGACGGCAAUCCUAACAAUUUAGGUAAACAUGAUAGUAAUUCUACUGAAUAUGGUUUUAUAACUAUGGAAAUUGGAAAGAACAGGAAUGUAGUUGGGAGUAAUCUGGAGAAGAAUCAACCGACUGUUGUGGGCAGUAAUAAGGCUCCUGGUCCAAUAUUUGAGAAGAGAAGCGAUUCAGCAACAAAGCUGGUAUCUGGUGGGAGUGAAACGUGUUCUUUUAUGAGAAGUGCGGCUUCAUUGAAAGAGUGGGCAAAAACUAAGGCUGCUUUAAGUGGAUCCCGCAAGAGAAAAAGUGGUGAGAAGUAGAUGCUUCAACAUGGUGGAGUUAUUUUUGUAGUAAAAGCUUUUUGACAUCAUUAUAGUUGUCUUACUCCCAUCAAGUGUCCUUUUAAUAUUCUCUUGGCCGUGCCCUCCGCAAUGUUGUCUAAACUUAGAUGUGCUUUUGUUUCAUUUUCUUCUUUUUUUGGUUCCCCUUUUGUUUCAGAAACGAAGUAAACAACUAUACAAAUUUCGAGUUCACGUAAGGUUACUUAAAGCAUA